CGUAUGCCAUCGGCUAGUGAAUGCCGUAUGAGGGCAUCAUGUUUUUCAUUCUCACGUCACUUCCGCUUUGGUUCGGUGUGGCGCGAGUCGCGAGAGAGUGAACAGUCGGUGAGAAGAGAACAGAAACACACAAACUUCUGAACACACAGCUGCAGUAUUAUAUUAGACAGCAGAAAACAGACAUUUCCAUUUGACAAAUUUGUGUAAAGUGCAGCGGUUGGACUCAUCGAGGAGAACAUGCCGCGAAGAAAGAGAACAGCAGGCAGUAGUUCAGAAGGGACUGCUGAUUCUGAUGACUCUGGGGAUCAUGAGAAGACCGACAGCUCCCACAGUGAAGCCCAUCAGCGCAAUAACACCCGUCUGACCCGAGCAUCACUGCGCCUGAGCCAGAGCUCUCAAGAUGCCCCACCAGAUGUGAAACAAGCAGCAGAGAGAGAUGAGUCUCCCCCCAGGACACCCACAGGAAAUGCCCCCUCAUCCGAAUCAGACAUUGACAUAUCCAGUCCCAAUGCAUCCCACGAUGAGAGCGUGACUAAAGACCAGAAAGACUCUGGCAGCGAUCCUUCCCAUCGUCCAAAACGCCGCCGCUUUCACGAGAGCUACAACUUCAAUAUGAAGUGCCCCACACCUGGGUGCAAUUCUCUAGGACAUUUAACAGGCAAACAUGAGCGACAUUUCUCCAUAUCAGGAUGCCCUCUCUACCAUAACCUCUCAGCAGAUGAAUGCAAGGUGAAAGCCAUCGAGCGUGAGAAACAAGAGGAAGAGCGCAGUCAGGGGCAGAACGAGGAGAACAGACACGCUACUCGACAUCAGGCACCAACUCCAAGACAAGUUAGAUAUAAAGAGAAGGUCAUGGAGAUGAGGAAGAGGAGGGAUUCUGGACUGACAAAAGACCAAAAAGAGAAGUACAUGGAACACAGACAGACACACGGAACCACGCGUGAACCACUGCUGGAGAACAUCACCAGUGAUUAUGAUCUGGAGCUCUUCAGGAAAGCUCAGGCCCGAGCAGCAGAGGAUCUGGAGAAACUGCGUCUGCAGGGUCAGAUCACAGAGGGCAGUAACAUGAUCAAGACCAUCCUGUUUGGCCGUUAUGAGCUAGACACUUGGUACCAUUCUCCCUACCCUGAGGAAUACGCCCGUCUGGGGCGUCUGUACAUCUGUGAGUUCUGCCUCAAGUAUAUGAAGAGUCAGACCAUCCUGCGCAGACACAUGGCUAAAUGUGUGUGGAAACACCCUCCUGGUGAUGAAGUCUACAGAAAAGGUGCCAUCUCCAUGUUUGAGGUUGAUGGGAAAAAGAACAAGAUCUAUUGCCAGAACCUUUGUUUGCUGGCCAAGCUGUUUCUGGACCAUAAAACAUUGUACUAUGAUGUGGAGCCUUUCCUGUUUUAUGUCAUGACUGAAGCUGAUAACACAGGCUGUCACCUCGUGGGAUAUUUCUCAAAGGAGAAGAACUCAUUCCUGAAUUACAAUGUGUCCUGUAUCCUGACUAUGCCACAGUACAUGAGGCAGGGCUACGGCAAGAUGCUCAUUGAUUUCAGUUACCUGUUGUCAAAGGUUGAAGAGAAGGUGGGUUCUCCAGAACGUCCUCUCUCAGAUUUGGGCCUCAUCAGUUAUCGCAGCUACUGGAAGGAAGUGCUGCUGCGGUAUAUGUGCAACUUUAAGGGCAAAGAGAUCUCCAUCAAGGAGAUCAGUCAGGAGACAGCAGUGAAUCCUGUGGACAUUGUCAGUACUCUGCAGUCACUUCAGAUGCUCAAGUACUGGAAAGGGAAGCAUCUGGUCCUGAAGCGACAGGACCUGAUUGAUGAGUGGAAGGCCAAAGAGACCAAAAGGGGCAACAACAACAAGACCAUAGACCCCAGCUCUCUGAAAUGGACCCCUCCCAAAGGAACCUAAUGGACUUACGUGUUACAUUUCGUACUGCCGUUAUCUUUUUUAUGACUCCGUCAACAAUGUCUUUUGCAAUGGCUUCAGCUGUUAGUGUCAUUUUUGUCUCUUUAUGUCCCCCUUGUAACUCUGGAAUCUCACUUUUGUUUCAUACAGUGCCAUUUUUUUUCAUUCAUAUUUUUAUUUGGCCAAAGUAUUGCCUAUGCCCCAGAAUGUAUUUUUUUUUUUUUUAAGUACAAUUAUUUAUUUAUUUUUUAAGCAAAAAAAAAAAAGUUUCUCAUCAGUAGAAUGUAGUAAAAUAAGGGGGUCCUCACAAAAAAAAAAGUUUUGAUUGCUUUAAUUACACAUACUUCAAAGUUUAUUUCUUGACUUCUUUGUGAAAAUGAUUUCAUUUAAAUCAGAACUGGAGAAAAAAACUCCUGUUUGAUACUUUUAUUACAUCACAUUUGAUACCUGAAGCAAGACAUUUACUUGCUUAAAAAUACUCCCAAAUGAUGUUCUUUUGAAUUAUAAUGUUGGUGCCAGUUAAGAGUCAAAAAUAAUUGUAUAUUGAUUGAUGAAGAGUGGUAGAGUCUGUAAUAGUGCUGGAUAAUGUCAUCAGUAAUACUGCAGUCUGUUCCAUUCCUCUCGCACAUCUGCCGUGUGAAAAACAACAUGAUUUCACCUUUAUAAACUGCUGGUUCAUUUCAUCAUGUUUGCAUAAAUACAGUUCUGAUACAGUUGUUCUUUCAGUGUUCUACCUGUUUGUUUGUUCAAAUCUCCAGAUUUGUCCAUUGCUGUGCUGCUCUCUGGGAUUGUUCUUCUGAAAUCACCUGCAGAUUAAUAUGAAAAUCAGUUUUUCACCUUAAACCUAGCAGUGCUGUUUAAAACUGUGGGUUUUUACUUUCUUUGACCAACACCUGUAAGAGAGACUGUCUGAAAACAUUUACUACUGGUGUAUGUAGAGCAGUGGAAAGCCAUACCUCCUAAAGAUCUCUUGCCCAUGAGUCCCACAAACAUGUCCCCCUUAUGCCCUUUGAGGAAAUAGAGCUGUUUUUAAUUCAUGUCUCUAAAUCAAGACAUUUAGACAGUGGCGAAAAUCAGUCUGUUGGGAUGUAUGGGUUUUCUGCUGGUCUUAAAAAGUCUUUGAAGGCUUUAGAAAGGUCUCAAGUAGGAGCAGAAAAUCUCAAAUUCAUAGUCAUGGCAUUAAAUGUUGCAUACACUGCAAAACUUAA